GAUUUCAACAGGUUGGGAUUCAUCCCCCGAUAUCGGGAUUGUCUCUGAAAUGAGGGAUAUUUCCUUUUAUGGUCAUAAUAAAGUCGCGCCAAAGCGGGAUUUUCUCGUGCAUUUCAACUUUUCCACCGCUAAUUAUUUCUUUGAAGACAUUCGCAGCAUGUCAGCCAGUGUGGAAAAGGUCUCUAAGAAAGGGGUAGUGUCCUUAAAACCUCUUAAGGUCAAGGAUACUGUUAAGAGACUGCAGAAGCAGUCUCUUAUCACAAAAACAUUAAGUAGACGGAAGAACACAUUGUUUUCCAAGGCACAUGAGCUGCAUGUUGCAACUGGCGCCCCCGUUAGAGUUGAGGUCCAAGUACCCAACUCUAACAGUCGGUACAUAUACCGGAGCAAAGGUUUCUCCGCGGAGGAUAGAGAGGAUGAAAGUCAGUCCCAAACUCCUGGGCCAUCAACAUCUGCACCAGUGAGAUACCCCUCCCCCCAACGGAGAGUUCAGCAUGCGACAAAAGAAACACAGACAGUGGUCUUUGAUGAUAAAGAGAAGUGCCGUAUGUGUGGGGAGGGGGAGUUAGAUAAGAGGGCACUUUGGGUUGGCUGUUCCAAACCCAAGUGCGACUAUUGGGUUCACGCUUGCUGCCUUCACAUCAAGGCAACCAGCCAAAGAUUUCCAUCGCUGCUUGUAGGACAAUACCAGACUAAGGCUCAUGUUGUCAAGGGCAUCUUCAACCAUGUGAAGUAA